CUGAUCUAUCUUCAACAACUUCUUAUUAAUUAUUCUCCGUUCCAACUUCCCAUUCAUCAUUUUCUUUAACUUCACGGAAGAUCGAUUAAACAGAAACUGUCUCACACUUUCCCUUCUUAUUUUCUUCCUAAACCAGCUCCUAUACAUAUAUCAUCCAUCGUCUUCAUUCUGUACAUAAAUUCAAUUCAAAAUUCAUCUUCUGUACUUGGAUGAUUUAGAAAGAUGAACUGUUUGUUCUUCAAGGAGAAGCGCAAGGAGAAGUGCAGGUCGGCACCGGAGCUGGAGCAGCAGAAUCGAGGAGGGGCGAAGAAGAAGGAUCCGGCUUUGAACCGCGCCACGAACUCCACCGGCUCCAUACAAUCGCCGAGAAGCGUGAAGGAAUUGUACAAGGAGAAAGAGAAAGAGAGCAAUUUCAGGGUUUUCACGUGGCAGGAGCUGAAAGAUGCUACAAGCGGUUUCAACAAGAUGCUCAAGAUUGGCGAAGGAGGGUUUGGGAGUGUGUAUAGAGGUUCCAUUAGUCCUCCAGAUGGAAAAGGUGAACCGAUUGUUGUUGCCAUCAAGAAGCUUAACCCACGUGGCUUCCAGGGUCAUAAAGAAUGGCUUGCGGAAGUUCAAUUUCUAAGCAUUGUUAGUCACCCAAAUCUUGUUAAGCUUUUGGGAUACUGCUCUGUGGAUGGCGAAAGAGGGAUCCAGCGGCUGUUGGUGUACGAGUUCAUGCCCAACAGAAGCCUUGAAGAUCACCUCUUCAGUAAAACUUUACCUCCUCUUACUUGGAAAACAAGAUUGGAGAUCAUGCUUGGUGCUGCUCAAGGAUUAGCGUAUCUACAUGAGGGGCUAGAGAUUCAGGUGAUAUACCGAGAUUUCAAGUCAUCAAAUGUUCUAUUAGAUGAGAAUUUCCACCCAAAGCUUUCAGAUUUCGGUCUUGCUAGGGAAGGUCCCCAAGGUGACCAUACUCACGUCUCUACUGCAGUAGUUGGUACUCAGGGAUAUGCUGCUCCAGAGUACAUUGAAACAGGUCACCUCAAAGUUCAGAGUGACAUGUGGAGUUUUGGCGUUGUCCUGUACGAGAUCAUUACUGGAAGGCGAUCGCUAGAAAGAAACCGUCCUACUCCGGAACAAAAGCUACUAGAUUGGGUUAAACAACACCCUGCUGAUAGCAACAGGUUCACAAUGAUAAUCGAUCCCCGUCUUAGGAACCAAUAUUCCCUCCCUGCGGCUCGCAAGGUAGCCAAGUUGGCCGACAGCUGCUUAAAGAAGAAUCCUGAAGAUAGACCAACCAUGAAUCAAAUAGUUGAGAGCCUGAAGCAUGCAUUGCAAAUCUCAGAAAUGACAAGCAGUUCAAGCAAUGUUGGCGAAUCGUCACGAUCGAAAUUGGGCCGAAAAGGUAAAUAGAAGCUUCCAAGAAAGAAACUUAUUAGUCCUUUUGGGAGGAACAAUAACUUGGAAAGAAAACUUUUCAGUUAGACAUAAAUUUGAAUAGGUCUUGGCAAUUUGAACUUUACUAGUUUGUUGUAGAUCAAGGAAAUUCAACCAUUGGUAACAUAUAGAGUAUAUGUAUGGUGCAGGUUCAGUGUAAAGUUUUUUCAAAAUUAGAGCUUAGCAAUGAGGGUGAGGCUAUAAAUAUAUUUAUGUGUUAAUCA